AUGCUCAAGUCCGCCAGUCUCGGGAUCACGACCCCUGCCAAUCCCUGCCGGUCCCCGGAAACUCAAUCUGCGUGUGGAAAGUCAAAUCUGCAUAUGGACACCCAAUCUGCAUCUGCAUACUCAGUCAGCCUGCAUCCCAUUACUGCACUGAACCCCAUCGCACAACUCCAACCCCUUCUCACCUUUCGCCAAGCUGUGCCAUCCCGCGAAUGCCUCCCACACGCUGACUCACAAUGGAGUUGGAAAGGUGGGUGCCGUGCCGCAUCUCCGUGGACAUCUCAUCUUGCAGCUUUGCGGACUAAUCGAAGCUUGGGCAGGCGCAAGAAGACUCUCGACGUAUACGAAGCGCUCUUUACGAACAUUCGGGCGAGCCUGAGCGCUCUCGAAACCGGGCAGCAUGACUUUAUCCUCGCAAUGGGACCCUCCGCCUUCCAACGAUCCGAUCUCCUCCAGAAUGGCGAUUACGCCGCAGUCAUAGCCAGUGCAAAGGGCACAGUGUUCGGUGCUGAGAAGGCCUUCGAGAAGUACACUGCCAUCGUCCACAAAUGGAACCAGCACAUCUACAACAUGCAAAUACUACUUUCCACAGUCGAGACGGAGCUGGGUGUGGCCAGGGACGCAUUCGUGGAGACGCUACAAAACACAGCACGAAGUGGUAUGUUGGCUGAGGAGACUUGCGCCAAAUCGCCACCAUACACACGCACACAUGCAAAAGCGAGACAUGCAAAAGCGAGACAUGCAAAAGCGAGACAUGCAAAAGCCAGACGUGAAGACGCAGCACAAAUUGAUAUGCUGGCUGAGGAUACGUCCGCGAAAGCGCCACCAUACACGCACGCGUCUGCAUGCAAAAAGGAGACAUCAGCGCCUAGCAGGUUCGUCAAAUGCCCACGUCAAGCGUACACUUCGGGCAUGAGAGCUGAAUCCAAUACAAGCAGGUCAAACAAGGACAUCUCAUAUCUCAUCGGUUCAGCUGGCAUCAAGCAUCAGAACAAUUCCAACUGGAUCUCGAUGCUUUGGACGGGGCAGCAAACGUCUCAACACAACCCAUUUGAGAUCCAUCACCUACUACACAUCAAUCAAGCCGUUUUCCUCCUGCUUUUUCCACCUGACUUUUCCCAACGCAAUUCCGGCCCUGCUGUGGAAGGCAUGCCCACUCCGAACGGCGGUAACCUGCUGCACUGCC